AUGCCCCAACCCAAAGUCCCCCCCAGCGGCGUCUGGGCCCCAACAAUCACCUUCUUCGACCACACAACCGACACCCUCGACCUCCCCUCCCAAUCGCAAUACUACAGCUACCUCUCCCAAACCGGUCUGGCCGGGCUGGUCGUCCUCGGCACAAACAGCGAGACAUUCCUCCUCACCCGCGAAGAGCGCAAGACCCUCCUCACCACCGCGCGCCAGAGCGUCGGCGACUCCUUCCCCAUCAUGGCAGGCGUCUCAGGGCACGGCACGAAGCAGGUCCUUGAAUUUAUAUCCGACGCUGCAGAUGCAGGCGCCGACUACGCGCUUCUCCUGCCGCCUGCGUAUUUCGGAAAACAGACGACGCCGGAUGUGGUGAGGGGGUUUUUUGAGGAUAUAGCCAGGGAAAGUGUCUUGCCGAUUGUGAUAUAUAAUUUCCCGGCUGUCUGUAACGGGAUUGAUCUUGAUUCUGCAACCAUUGCGGCCCUGGCGAAGAAAUUUCCGGGGAAGAUUGUCGGCGUCAAGUUAACCUGUGGAUCUGUGGCUAAGAUUGUCCGGUUAUCUGCGGAAUUUCCCGCGGAUUCUUUUGGUGCGUUUGCAGGGCAGAGUGACUUUCUUGUUGGUGGGCUUGCUGCUGGUGCGGUGGGCACGAUUGCCGGAUUUGCGAAUGUGUUUCCCAAGACCAUUGUAAGGAUUUAUGAGCUUUAUCGGGGCGGGAAGGUCGAGGAGGCGAUGGAGUUGCAUAGGAAGGCAGCGCUGGCGGAGCAGCCGUGUAAAGCUGGCAUUGCGAGUGUCAAGUAUGCGGCGGCGAUUACGACGGCGAAGAAGGCUGGGAUUCAGGGGGCGCUGGGUAAGUUGAAGCCUCGGAGGCCGUAUACGGAGUUGGAUGAUAAGGGGAAGAUUGCAGUGUUGGAGCUGACGGCGGGGUUGGCGAGUGUUGAGGACGGUUUGUAG